AUGUCUUCCAAACGGAAAUUAGGCUCUUUGGGCCUCGAGCGACGGGUAAAAGCCCGGCGCGAAGAAGAAUGGGAACCAGAAUUGAGUGCGAGCGACAACGAUGAUUCAGCAGAAGAAGUAUCGGAGGAAGGAGACGACAGCGGCGAGGAGGAUGAAGAUUUGGAAGAGGCAGAGUCUGGCUCAGAGUCUGAAGAAGCCGAGGAGGAUGCACCAAAGGUCGAUUUCUCAUCCAUCUCUUUUGGCGCAUUAGCUCGCGCUGCGGCCAGUUUACCCCCCUCUGAGAAAAAGAAAAACAAGGCCGAUGCCGCCAAAGACGAUGAGCCUACGGAACGCACAACAAAAGAGUCAUUCAAACGAGAGCCGAAGAAGCCAUCAAGUAGGGUAGAUACAUCGAAGCGAAGCUCUAAACACGCGCCACAGGAAAUGUCGUCCAAGAGGCCCGUCAGCAGGCGCCGUGAAAUCCUCGUCGACACGCGCCGCAAGACCCGUGAUCCGCGAUUCGACAACCUUUCGGGAAAUGUAGACGAGGCCAAGGUUGCAAGGAACUAUGCCUUCCUGGAAGAGUACCGUGAGAAGGAGAUGGCAGAGCUACGCAUGCAGAUCAAGAAGACCAAAGACGUCACAGCCAAGGAGGAUUUGAAGCGGCAGUUGCUGUCUAUGGAAUCGAAGAAAAAGGCCCGCCAGAAGAAGGAGGAGGAAGCAAGGCUACUGCAGGAGCACCGAAAGAAGGAAAAGGAGCUGGUGGCACAGGGAAAGCAGCCGUUCUACCUGCGCAAGAGCGAGCAGAAGAAGCAGCUGUUGAUGAACAGAUAUGCCAGCAUGAGCAAAUCUCAAGUCGACAAGGCGAUCGAGCGAAAGCGGAAGAAGGUGGUGUCCAAGGAGAAGAAGGAAUUGGCUUCGCUGGAGAGGAGGUCGAGACGUCAUUAG